GACCUCAAAUGCGAUUAUCAGAAGUAUAAAUUGCGCUACAAUUGCAAAUAAGUAGAAGCUUUAGUCUGAUUUAAACCGCUGUAGAGUCCACACUUUAUAAAUGUAUUAAAUACCCUGUAUUUAAUGGAUUUAUGGAAAUAACUGUGGUCGAAGAAAAAAAAUGUAAUGGAAUCUCCAGAUUAGAUGUUGUGCAAUUGAAGGGGAUAAAGAGAGGAAAGAAGAUCGCCUUUAUAAGUGAGGAAAUCAAUCUCAAAUCUCCAGUUGUAACUGCGGAGCUCUCGUGUGAAUAUAGAUUAUCCCCAAGCCAAAGUCAAUUGCAAUUGAAUGUGAAAUAAAUGCAAUAUUUUGUGCGAAUCCGGAUCCAUUUAAAUCUUAGUGCAAAUAUGCUUGUUUAUGGAUAUCAGUGAGCUUAAAAGAGAGUGUUUCUUUCUGUGUGAGCACAAUACAAGACGUAAUUUUGUAUAAGGAAGACUUCCAAAAGAAUUAUAUGCACUUUGUGUUUAUGUCGAUAUGCAAAGAGAGUUGAACUCAUAAUAAUAGGUCAAUUAAUCUUUGCAUAACGAUUAAAUUAAAAAUGUUGAGGCGUCUCAAUGUCUGACGAAGUCUAUGAUUUCGACAUUAAAUAGCCUUGCUUUGCAAUAAUUUGCCUGUAUUUUAUAAAACUAUCUUAGGAAAAGACAUUUUCGAAGCAGAAUUUCAACUUUUACAUAAACUUUCAAUCCGUCUUAAUUUAACAUUUCACAAUGGAUUUUGCUUAUCAUAGUCAGAAGAGAGUUUUUCCUUUAUCGUCGCCUUCUUUUUUUACUAGCUUUUCGGCCUUAUUGUGGACGAUGAAACUAAUCACAUUGUUAUUAGUUGCUCAAGCGGCGGCUGUUGAUGCAUCAGAAGUUAGUAGCACUGGAAAAGACUUAAAACCAGAAGGAAAUUCGACGGAAAGAAUCAAUCAUAAUCCAACAAUUACUGAUAUUUCUGAAGCUAAUCAGCGUGUGAGAAUUAGUGAAGAAGAUCGUCAAGAAAUACUUAGCAAAUUCGAUAAAAUUAGCUCUGAUCUUGAAGAUCUUUCAACAAAAUUUAGCUCAAAUAUUGAUGGGCAUUCAGACGGAAAAUCUAAUCGCGCAAUUCGAUCUCUUCCUUUGGAUGAAUCUUCUAUUUGUGAAGUGGAACAAACUACGCUGAUUAACUUCAGAAAUGAACUGCAAGUCACAUUAAAUCGUGUUGAUCACACAGUUAAUGAUGAUAUUAAUUGUCCUCUAAAUUUUGACUCAGACAAUUGUGAAGAGUUAAUAAAAUUAGUGCUUUGCGCUCACAAUCAUUUGAAGAAUGGUUUCAUAAAAGCUACUGCAAAUAACGCUAUGAUCGGUGAUAUGACUAUUUUGAUUAAUGCGUUGUCAGAACUUGAGGAAAUAUCGACGAAAAAAUUUGAUAACCUCAAAAGAUCUCUUUCUCAAAAAUAUGAGUACCAAUUAGGCAAUCUUAAAACGGACAUGCAAAACAUGCAAAAAGCGUUGAACAAAGUAGUUGAUGGCCUUAAAGAAAAAACAAUAAAGUCUUGUAUUUCUGAAAUAACUAGUGGUAGAAUUGAGAGUGCUUUAAAAGAUUUUCGAGAUUUACUUGCCUUAGAGAAUAAUAAUGAAUGUUUAGCGAGAAUCAUAAAAGAAGCUUACAAAUAUAAGAAUCCAGGUUAUGUUGACAAUGUUGUGAAGUUUGUGUACGAUCUUCCUUACAUUUCAAAGGAAAUGCUAGGCUAUAAAAUAAUAUACGAAUUAAUGAGAGACGAUGAAGAGUUGUAUAAUCGCGAUGUAACAAUACUGGAUUAUUAUAUUAAAGAUGCCAUGGAAAAAUAUGCAGAUCGUCCUGAACAUACUGCAACACUUCAGGAUUUAAAAAACAAUCUAGCAAAACCUGUUGAACAAAUCAUUGAAGGAUGGGCAGAAACGGCGCGUAAUGGCAAUGAUUACGAACAGAUAAAAGAUUUUGCAAAUCAAUAUCCUGCAACCUUCAGAAGCAUCUUGCCUCAAAUCAUAGAGAAAUCUUAUGCAAAUUCUUUAAGCAAUACAGAAAGAAUACUAUCAUUUAUUCGCCAUCUACCUAAUAUAGAAGAUGACAGUGUGGCUUUUCCCUCUCUGUUUGAGCAGAUGAAGAGAAAUAAUCACCUAGACAGCUAUCAGCUGCUGAUGCUGGCUUACAGAGUCAAGGAAUCCAUGGAGAUGCCUAAUUAUAAUAAUAUUGAUGAAAAAUAUACAGAUAUAUUCAGGAAUCUAAAAUAUAGUUUUCCAAGUGCCGUGAGAAAUCUAAUUUGGGAUGGACAUAGAUGCGAGAUAAAGAAUUAUAGCUGGAAUCAGUAUCUUUACGCCGCAAGUGAAUACUUUGCGUUCAACUCGGACAGGCGCAGGAUAUUCACUUGGAGACCUGGAACUGCAGUCAUUCAAGGGGACUGGAAUUUUGAGCCUCACGAUAAUGCCAGAUUGUUCAAGAUAAAAAAUGAUCACUACGAUGAGUAUUUGUAUGUCGCGAAUGCAGAUCACGAUUACGACCAUCUGUGCAGAAGAGUGUUCACGUGGAGGCCAAAGAAUAUAGUAAACACUGGAUAUUGGAGGCUCGAGCCAACAGACAAUGGCCAAUAUUUUAGGCUAGUAAACGAUCACUAUGACGAUCCUUUGUAUGUUCCUGGAAACGCCUAUGACUCAGAGAGGUUCAAAGUGUUUGCCUGGAAAGUUGAUGUACUUUGGGAGACAGUAGUGCAUCAAAGUAAAUGGUCUAUAAUUUGUUAACUCAUUUUAUUUCUUCACAAAUUUGAAUUGUAAAACUUUCUAAAUUAGGAAUUUUUCAAUUGUACGAAAUGACAAAGAAUGAGAAUAGAUAAAUAGAUGUAUUUUUUCCCCAUGUAUAUACAUAUGUAUGUUUACGAUCUUAGAAAUUGUAAAAAAAAUGCCGAUAAAUAUUGGGAGACAGAAAUUUCGGAGGCAAUGAUUAUAUCUUGUUAAGUGUUAAGAAAAACAAAAUUUUAUAAAAAUGAACUAGAGAAAGUAAUAAGAAGAAUAACAAGAGAAUUAUGUGCAGGAGAAAAUCUAUUAGAAUUAAAUAAGAUUGAAGUUCGAACGAUCAUCAAAAGAAACUGAGAAGACACAUUUUCGCGCCAACAGAUGAAAAACAUGAAAAAUAUCCAAAGCAUCGCUUGAGAAGGAAAAUCUGCUGAUUUCUUCUCACUGGGAAAUCAACCUUUCCAUCACUGAUUACAUCAGUUGAGAAUCGAUAGAACGCCGAUGAGUUCAACUUUGUGCGAGCUUUCGAAAGCUCCCAGCACAAGAAUCUCACUUGAGCAGAAUCUGUAUGAUUUUCUAAAGAAGAACAAACUCUCGCCACCGUUGCUGAAAUGCUUUAAGACCGAUUCUGCAGCAGGUUUUAACUUAUUUUGUCUUUGGGAAAGUCAGACGCACAGGGCUGCUCAGAUAAAGUGCAUUUAUUGCCCAUCAUGAUUCACUCUUUGGCUGUUGACAUCCUUGAUUCUCAGCCUGGAAUGCUGAUAUUCCCAACACAGAUUGCGGACUUGCGAUCGCUUCUUCACAGUUGCUGAAAACUUCUCCAGUUGAUCAGAUCCCUGAGAUUGCCGUAAAGCUGUCCAACUUCCAGCCGAUGUCAUCUGUUGCCUGCGACUGUUUCUCUUCUCCCGAACGCUCAACUCCGAAUUUCGAUAAUGUUGAUAACUAAUUCUCAGCUUGCUUGCAUUUGAAAAUACAUAUAUGUUUCUGAAAAUUA